CGGCGUGAGUAAGUGUGAGGCAGAGGGACAGAGGUGGGAGUUUGUCCCGUUCAACAAAAGUGACCCGUCAGGGAAAGUUGCCGGUGGGAAUAGAGUCAGCGCUGGUUGUCACAUCUAAACAGGCUCGGCAAGAAUGGAGAUCGAGAAAGAAGUUAAAAAGAUAACCCUGGGCCAUGAGAUCGGAGCUGGAGCUGCCUGUCUGAAAUGCAAGGACAAAUGUGAAGGCUUCGAGCUUCACUUCUGGCGAAAGAUUUGUCGAAAUUGCAAGUGUGGCGUUGAGGACCAUGACGUGCUGCUCGAGACUGAGGAGAAUAAGAAGGUGGGGAAGCUUUUUGAGGACACCAAGUACACGGGCCUUAUAGCCAAGCUGAAGAGAGAUGGCAUCCCGUCUUAUAAAGGCAACCAAGUCACCAUCUGCAUCCCUGCCGCCGCCGUCAGCACUGCUACUCCUGUUCCUGCUGCCAGCUUUAUCCCCGGGUCCAGCCAGAUCUCUGUUCCCAACACCCAGCCUGCUUAUUCCCCACCUGCUGCUGGAGUUUACUCUCCUGCUUCCUCUGCAACAGACUCCUCUUCUGCCCCGGGAACAGGCCCCACUUCUGCCCCGGGAACAGGCCCCUCUUCUGCCCCGGGAACAGGCCCCUCUUCUGCCCCGGGAACAGGCCCCUCUUCUGCCCCGGGAACAGGCCCCUCUUCUGCCCCGGGAACAGGCCCCUCUUCUGCCCCGGGAACAGGCCCCUCUUCUGCCCCGGGAACAGGCCGCCCUGCUGCAUCAGGACCAGGCCAUAGUGCUGCCACCACAACUAAAGGCCCUGUUGCUGCCACUACUGUUGUUCCAUCUCCUACCCCAGUGCCUGCCAAAACGAAUGUGGUUAAGUCCGUUACCUAUGAAUGGGCUCCACCUGGGAUCAAUCAAAGCUUGGCUCUGCGAUACAUGGAGCUUCUGCCUCCGGAGCAGCGGCCCAUCGCUGGUACGGCGGGAGCAGAUUACCGCAAGAAACAGAUGGCCAAACAGCUUCCCGACCACGACCAAGACCCCGAGCGCUGCCACGAACUCUCGCCCGGCGAGGUUAAGCAAAUGCAGCAGUACGUCCGCAAGUACAAGGACGAGGCGUUGGGCAUGGGUGACAUCACCCUGCCCGAAGAGAUGGGACAACACGCAGGUAUGGCUGGGGAAAAGGGUCCUCAAGGCCUCGGGGCAGGAGGGAAACCUGGGACUUCAGGAGACAAGGGUGACGCUAUUGCUACAAUGGGGAAAGUUGGCGCCCAGGGGGCUGCUGGGAUGUCACCCGCUGGACCUGCUGGUAACUAUUCAUGUCACCGCUGCCAGCUGCCCAUGAAGAAGGGUGAGCCGGCCGUGUACGCAGAGCGGGCAGGCUACGAUAAACUCUGGCACCCCGCGUGCUUCGUGUGCUGUACCUGCUCCGAGUUACUGGUGGACAUGAUCUAUUUCUGGAAGAAGGGUCAGCUGUACUGUGGCCGUCAUUACGGAGACAGCGAAAAGCCUCGAUGUGCAGGGUGCGAUGAGCUCAUCUUCAGUAAUGAGUACACCCAGGCUGAGGGCCACAAUUGGCACCUGAAGCACUUCUGCUGUUUUGACUGUGACUGUGUGCUGGCUGGAGAGACCUACGUCAUGGAGAAUGAGAAGCCUGUUUGCAAACCCUGCUACAUGAAGAACCACGCUGUGUGUUGUGUGGCCUGUCAGAACCCCAUCGAGCCCGAGGCUCAGCGUGUGUCGUACGGAGAGCACCACUGGCACGCCGAACCCCAGUGCUUCCAGUGCUCCUGCUGCUCCAAGUGCCUUAUGGGCCAGCGCUUCAUGGCCAUGCAGGGCAUGCUGCUGUGCUCCAUGGAGUGCAAGAAGAAGAUCAUGGCCUCCUGAGGGAACAUCUAGGAUUGGUUUUUGGGCCAGUUUCUCCCUAAUGCAGUACACAUAAAUAUAUCCUGCCAUCAUUUUAUUAAGAAAUUAAUGUAUUUGUAUGACUAAUCGUAAUGCUAUUCCAGAUUCUCAUUUUUGGGAAAUAAUAAGCAAUAACUGAAUAAGUGUUAUCAAUGUGAUUUCUUAUUAUUAACAGAUUAGUGUUAAUAAACAGAAGCAAUGAUGUGCUUUUGUUCUUCAGCUACUGAAAAAUAGAUUUUACUCUCAUUUCAUUCUUGUCUAAAAGUGCACUUUAUUUUAGCUUUCACUUUGUAAUCCAAUAAAGGUUUUGCAGUAAUAUGAAUAGA